UUAAACUCAAAGUCAAAUAUUUGACAUUUGUCAAUUGAUAAAUAGACGAUCAUUAGAGUUUCUUGGAAAGUAAAACUGGAACAUUUAAAUUCAAUUCAGAAUUUUUGUUUGGGGUGGAGAAAUGCAGUUUGCAUUAAGCUUAGUGUGGGUGUUGGUUACAGUGAAUGUUGGCUUAACUCAGACUAAGGUGACAUCUAUAUGUGAUCCUUUUGAUACAAUACUACAACAUCUCUAUAACCCUGUUUGGAUGUUUCCUAAAUAUGAUAACACAAGAAUUAAGCAGACCACAUUUACUUGGCUUAAUGAAACUAAUCUCAGAAUAGGGUAUCCUGAAUUUACAGACAUGGAUCCAAGUGAAUCUUCAAAACUCACCAAAUAAGUCAAUGCCUUAAAUGAUAUAGAGAAUGUCGCAAGAAUGCAUGCACAAGCAUACAAUCGUGUACUUGCUAAGUGUGUAGCCUACAAGUGUUAUCAGACUACCCAUUGGUACAUGCUACCAUAUGAUUCUGAAAGCAAGAAAGCAGAAUGUCUUGAAUCUGGCUACAUGGUUUGCUCUCUAUAUUGGCCACCUGGAAUGAAUAAAUAUAAAUAUCUGCAAAAGCUUAUUCUGGAUAUGGUCAAGAAAUCAAAUUUUGGACAAUUCUAUGGGUAUUAUAAACAAGUAACUACACUUGUGGGGCGUAAUAAAGUAUCCAAAUCUAUCUCUAGAAAUUAUAAAGCUGUUCAAAGAGAACUGAAGCAUCAAUUGCAAGAAACAACAGGCAAACUGAUGGUGAAGAAUCUUAAAAAGAUCAAGAAAACAGUGAAGGCAUUUGUCAAUGGGUUUAAGAAGAUACUCAAUUUAUUUGAUACUUAUGAACAUUUACUUAUUGAAUCUAUACAACUUACCCACCAAUAUUUGGCCGAGUAUGGCAAGAAAUAUGGUUGUGAUAAAUGUAUUGAAACAGAUGUGUUUUGUGCAAAUGACUUCUGCCCUCCUGUUAAGUCUGGAGAAAAUUGUGAGAAUUCCAUUCAAGGCAAUGAUGAAUGUGUACUUAUUGGACGCAAAGAAAAUCCACAUUAUGUCACUGCCCAGAUCUAUUCAGUAGAAACAUUUGAUGGAGCGAAGACAACCAAAGCAAAUAAAGGAUUUAACCAAGACAAAUCUUUUGAAUUUGAACUCUUGGGACCACAUGGCAAGCCAUUGAUUGGAUUGAGCCUUAGGAGUGGCUGGUUGAAGUCUUUGAGAAGUGUGAAAGGCCAUGUCUUGACUCUCUUUAAUGUCCAUUCUAAUAUUGAAAAUUCAUGUACAUGUGAAGUGGUUUUCAUGGGUAACAUUGUAGAAGGGAAUGGCAAACCUCUGACUGUUCCAGGGAACUAUAGUAUCGAGAGUGUGCUUUAUUUGGAUAGGAUGGACAUUUAUCAAGAGGAAGGUGAUACUCACAUUUUCUUCCCACAAUAUGGUCUGAAGAUAAGCCCAAUGGCCAACGAAGGCUUAAAAAUAGUUCUGAACAGAUAUUGGCAAGGCAUGACCCGAAGAGAUUGUGGAAAUUUUGAUGGAAACUCUGAGAAUGAUAAGAAUGAAAAUGGCAUGCAGAUGAAUUAAAAUAAUUG